GAGUAAGACAAAGUGAAACGAAUACCGUAAAAGGAUUGUAAAGGGAUAUUUUAAAGAAACAAUUCUUUCUUGUAUUUUCGUGACGUUUUACAUUUUUGUUCUAGACCGUAGAGGAUCAGUCUGAUGGUUGUGGUGCAAAAUUUUCUGUUGUAAUUGUCUCGGAUAAAUUUGAAGGGAAACAGCUUCUUCAAAGACAUAGGUUGGUGAAUACAAUUCUCGAAGAAGAAUUGAAAGAAAUUCAUGCCUUCUCGCAGAAGACUCUGACGCCUGAGCAGUGGGAGAAGCUGGAAAAAGAAGCCUAAUUGUUAAAUUUCAUGCUCAUGAAUACACUCGUAUAGUUCUAUUUCACAAUGAUUUCCUUCAAAAUUUCAACGCCUGGUAAAGUAAUAUUAUUUGGCGAGCACGCGGUAGUUUUCGGUAAAACUGCUGUGGCAGCCAGUUUAAAUCGCCGUACUACUCUCGAGCUCGUAGAAUUUCCAUCGGAGGAUACAUGGAUUCGUUUGGAAAUGCAGAAACUCCAAGUGGUUAAAAAGAUAUCAGUGAAGCAGGUACAAGAGUCUCUUCUCGGGAAGGAUUUUCCAAAACUGUGCGAUGACGGGCACGAGAAAUUUUACCAGCGCAUCCAAGAAUUUGUUGAGACGAUCGGUUUUGAGAAUCAGCGUCAAAAAGUUAGCCUGGAAUGUUUCUUCUAUGCAUUGCUUCAAAUUGUACAAUACGAGAAUUUAAAAUUAAAUCCCUUUAGAGUCACAAUUGAUACCGAAUUGCCGAUUGGCGCAGGCGUCGGAAGUUCAGCAGCAUUCUCCGUCUGUCUUAUUGCCGGUUUCCUGCACUGGUCGCAACUCCAACGAAACAUCAAUUCCCCGCCUGAAUUUGACACCUCUAGUUUAGAAAAUAUAUCCCGAUACGCCCUGAAUUGUGAAAAAAUUAUGCACGGAACUCCUUCAGGCAUUGAUAAUUCCAUUUGUACAUUCGGCUCGGUUAUCGAAUUUCGAAAAGGCGAAACACCAACGUUUAUUCCUCUGGGCCUUAAAAGUAUAAGGAUAUUGCUGGUCGACACCAAAGUCGAUCGAAGUACCAAACAAUUAGUCAACAAAUUAGCUGGAUUGACCAACAAAUAUCCACAAAUUUUUCACAAAGUUCUCGACACGAUUGACGAAAUUUCUAGACGAGUUAUCCAUGUCGUUAAAGGAUUCCAAGACUCGGCGGAGAAUGACCAAUUAAUCGAAGCUUACAAGGAAUUAUCGGUUCUCGUAAAUAUGAAUCAAGGGCUCUUAAGUACUUGUCAAGUAUCACAUUCUUCACUGGAUCUAAUUUGCAUGACAGCAAAUAAUUAUGGAUUUUCUGCUAAACUCACUGGAGCUGGUGGCGGAGGAUUCGCUUACAUACUUAUUCCUCCCAAUGCAUCCGAUGUUAAUGUUCAAGAUUUAAGCUCUGAAUUAAUAAAAAAUGGAUUCUCCGUGAUAAAAACUAAUUUAGGAGGUUCUGGAGUAGAAAUUCAUGAUGCAGGUAUUAGAAGUCAAGAUUAAAGAAAGUUCCGUGUUCUCCAGCUUUAAAAAUUUACAUAUUUUUAUUUUUCUUUCAAUCUUUGGGAUGUU